UAAGUUAUGUGUGCAUCUGUUAUUAUGUCAAUGUUAUUUGCGUUAUUUGGGUGUUGAAUCUACUAUAAAUAACAGGCGAUCCGCCUCGUAAUAUCAGUUACUCAAGCAGUUUUGAAAACUUAAUACACUUUAUCCAACAAUGAAGUUCCUCAUCGUCUUUGUCGCCAUCUGCGCUGUUGCCCUGGCAAUUCCCACCAAUAAUGUGGAAACCCUGAAGUACGAUUCCGAUGUUCAACCCGAUGGCUACAAAUUCUCUGUGGAAACUUCUGAUGGUACAAAACGUGACGAAGUAGGUGUCCUGAACAACCCGAACACCGAUCACGAGUCUCUGGCUGUGUCCGGAAAUGUGAAGUACAUCGGCGAUGAUGGAGUGACCUACGAUCUUUCCUAUACUGCCGAUGAGAACGGUUUCCAUCCUUCCGGUGCUCAUUUGCCUCAGGCUUCGUAAAAAUCAAUUUA